AUGAUAUUUGACGCCCUCAUUCUCGGCGCCGGCCCGGCUGGUCUUGCAGCAGCCAGCGCCCUGGGUCGUGCUCGCCGACAUGUCCUGGUCAUCGCUGGUUCUGACUAUCGAAACCGGGCGAGCCAUGCAAUGCAUGGCGUUCUGGCUUGCGAAGGGAUGAAUCCGAUCGACUUCCUUACUCAAAGUCAGCAUCAGAUCACAGCUCUAUAUCCGAACAUUCGCCUAGAGUCUGACACUGUCCAGCGUGCCGCCCAGAUUGGUACCCCAGAAAGCCCGGCCUUUGAGGUUCAGACAGCUACGGGCGCGGUUUACCAGGGUCGCCGCCUUAUCCUCGCGACCGGCGCUAUCGAUGAGCUCCCAAAUGAGAUCGCCGGCUUUGAGACCUGCUGGCCUGACCAUAUCUACCAGUGUCUACUUUGCGACGGCUUUGAGCGAGCCGAGCGUCCAUUUGGUGUUGGGGUCCUUGCUAAGCCCCUGUCGGCGCACUAUGUGCAUCUUGCUUUACGGGCACGAUGCUUUAAUAAGCGCGUGGUUGUCUACACCGAUGGUCUCUACACCAAAGAGCAGCAGUGCGAGACCGAGAAGCUAUUUGCACCCGCAUUGGCCCAAGGCGUUACUCUACAACAUACAGCUAUUAGCCGUCUAGAGCCAUUGCCUACCAACAAAGGUCCUGGGGCUCAUAUUCAUCUAGAGGGCGGCAAAUCGGAGCGUGUUGACUUCCUAGUGUAUAAGACACUUACUCGGCCCGCUAGUGCCCACCUAGCACUACAGCUAGGCCUCCAAAUCAACGAAAUCCCUGGCCAUGGCUCAGUCAUCGCGUGCAAAGAGCCUACUGGGGCGACUAGUGUGCCAGGGGUGUUUGUCUGUGGUGAUGCCGGUAGUCUGAUCAAGGGAGUGGCCCCGGCGAUGGCGCAGGGCCUCUGUGUUGCAGAUGUGGUUUGGGGGGGCCUGCUGGAGGAGGAUAAAUCUUAG